AUGUCCGGCCUACCAAGCCUCGCAUCACUGCCCCAGCAGCCCCAGGAAACCCAGCUGCGGGUAUUGGACACCUUAUUCGAACCGUCGCCCGAGCUGCACCAGUUGAUGACGCCGGUUCUGGCCGGCCAGAGCUUCACCUCUUACGCCUCGCUGAUCGAUGCCGUGGGCGGUCGCAUGUCCGCCCUUUCCGCCGUCAAUUCGCCCACCGACCGGAAUGUACUAUUCGGCAUCCUGGGUUCACAUCCCCGGCUCGGUCGGGCCCCCGCCAACCCCGAACAUCUCAGCGAGUUGAGCAAGAAGGAACAGGCGCAAUUGAAUGACGGCGCAGAGGAACAAGCGGAGAAGUUACGCGCAUUGAAUGCGGAAUAUGAGGCCCAAUUCCCCGGACUGCGAUUUGUCACAUUUGUCAACGGCCGCACCCGAGAUGUCAUCAUGGAAGAAAUGCGCCAGCGCAUUGAUCGGGCCGACACUGAGCGCGAAAUCACUGAGACGAUCCAGGCCAUGUGCGACAUUGCGAAGGAUCGCCCUCUCGGAUCCUUCUUCUUUUUCCGUCCUGAGACAUGGCUCAAGGAGUCCGUUGUAUAUCUAUCAUCUCCUCUUUUCCUCGUCAGCGACUUGGGCGCGCGUGAUAUGGAGGUCAGCGAUUUGCCACGGGCGUCGACAUUUCCCGCGAUCGGCGACGAAACUAAAUUCGCGCCGCCCAGAUCCUCCACUUUGCCUGCUCCGGUCAAUUUGAAUGCUGCGUCAGGGUCCAGCAACAGCGAUGGACAGCGAAAUUCGUACCGGUCUGCGCCCAUUGGAGGCCCUCUGGUCAAAAACUCUACACACGAGACGCGCACCGAAGCCAGCGCCAUCGACCCACUCUCACAGCAUAUAAUUCAACGCACGAAUACCCAUAAAUCCAUCCCCAUCAAGUUAUUGGGUCAAGCAUCGUUCGAGGCCGAGGCGGGCAAUUCGGAGGGCCCAUACGAGCAUAGCACGGCUCGCGGCGAUGCAUCGCUGAUAUCGAAGGGUAAAGAAAAGAAGAAAGGGGUUUCUUUCUUCAGUCGAAUUAUUGGCACUAAGAAAAAGGACGUUCACACAGCGGCAGAAGAUGAGCUCUCAGAUGCAGAGACGAGCCGCAUGUCUAUCGAUAUCUCACACCCGAUCGGUUUCAUUCCUCGACAUCCUGCGCCACCUCGGUACUUGAGGAUCCGCGUACAUCAUAAGAAAGAUAAGAAGUUUCAUCGUGUUUUCCUGGCCCAAACGUUGGAGGGCACAGGGCCGUUGCCAAAGGCGGAGCGACGAACGUCAACCUCCACCCAUAACGAUGGAGAGGCCACAGGGAGAGCCAUUUGGGCGGUGGAGUUCUCCAAGGACGGCAAAUAUCUGGCCGCCGCCGGCCAGGAUAGAAAAGUCAGGAUAUGGGCAACUAUUACUACACCUGAUGAACGAGAGGCGGCGAUGCGAAAUAUAAAAGACGCAGCCACGGAGGAUCAAGAUGUUCCAGAGCUUAAGGCUCCCGUGUUUGGACCGAAGCCCAUCCAGGUCUUUGAAGGCCACGAGGGUAGUAUUUUGGACCUGAGCUGGAGUAAAAACAACUUUCUCCUUUCCUCAUCUAUGGACAAGACUGUUCGACUAUGGCAUGCGAGUCGACCGGAAUGUCUAUGCUGCUUUCAGCACAGUGACUUUGUCACUUCAAUCCAGUUCCACCCCAAGGACGACAGGUUCUUUUUGGCUGGGUCGCUCGACACAAAGCUGCGCUUAUGGAGCAUUCCUGAUAAAAGUGUCGCAUACGUUACAAGCGUUCCCGACAUGAUCACUGCAGUUAGCUUCACACCCGAUGGCAAGUACUCAUUGGCGGGAUGUUUGAACGGGUUGCUCAAUAUUUAUGACACUGAGGGUCUCAAAGUAUCGGGACAAAUCCACGUUCGAUCGGCGCGAGGACGCAACUCCAAAGGCAACAAAAUCACGGGGAUCGAUACGAUGACGAUGCCGCAUGAUAUCCAUGGCGAUAUAAAAUUGCUAGUCACAACUAAUGAUUCCCGCAUUCGACUCUAUAACUUCCAGGAUCGAACUUUGCAGGCUAAGUUCCGCGGCAAUGAGAAUACCUGCAGCCAGAUUCGGGCGACUUUUACCGACGAUGGCAAGCAUGUCAUUUGUGGCAGUGAGGAUCGCAAGGCAUACGUUUGGCCAAUCGGCUCUGUUGAAAAGGAUGGAGAUGCGCGGGCAGUCGAAGUCUUCGAGACCCAAGGCGCCAUCGUAACUGUGGCCAUUACGGCACCUACCGCGACUAAACAAGCCCUGGGAUUAUCCGACGAUCCAAUCUAUGACAUUUGUAACCCGCCACCGGUCGCUCUCGUGAGUCCAGAAGCAUCUGCAAAGCCGGCAGACUCUUCACGGGAUAUGGAGAGCGUGCACAAGCGAACUCCGUCCGCACCGCGCUUGUCUAUGGUCAGCAAAAUGGCGCAGGAGUCCCCCUCGUACCUGUCCCGGUCGACCCACCCUGACGGGAAUAUCAUCGUUAUCGCCGACUACUCUGGAAAGAUUAAGAUUCUCAGACAAGAUUGUGCGUAUCAGAAGCGCAAGCACGAGAAUUGGCAUGAUAGUUCAACCUUCUCACGACGAAUCCUCCGGCGUUCCACUUCCGGCCGCCGUAGCGUCGCCUCCUCGACCGGAAAGGAGUCGACUCUCAAGACACCCUCUGAGCGAAUUAUUUCAUGGCGCAAUUCAGUCGUCCGCCAUGGCCGCCCUAGCAUGGACGCUUCUCGCGCCGGGCUUCGUAGCCGCAGUCCAUCACCACACCGAAAAACGCCAGCUUUCCGACUCUCCUCCUCUCGACCUUCAAGUCUAGCGCCCAACGAAUCUUUUUCCGCUUUCACAUCACCACCCUCGUCUCCAAAGCAACCUUUUGCUUACCCCAAUACAAGCGAACAAUCAAGAGAGCAAGCAAGAGAGCAGGACGCUCGCACCAUGCCUUGUCGUGACGCAGAUCCAAGACAGCUGCCUGCAUCGUCAGCCGACAUUGUAGCCAGCGGCAAAGACAAAGACAAUCCGCUGUGGCUACAGGGAGACCACAGCUACGCGUUUUGGAACAAGAUCACACACGAGGCUAUGGCAAUAAAACAGCGCAAUGCGAAAGAUCUCCUCAGCCCGAAUUCCAUCCUUGAUCGCCGGCUGAGUGCGACUGGUAGCGUGCUCAGUAGUGACUAUGGCUCAUCAACUGGAGGCUCGGCGGAAGAGGAUAUUCUUAAGUGCGAGAAUUGUCGUGGAACAAACUUCCGUGGUGUCAAAGGACGAGAUGGGAAGCAGAAGUUGAUCUGCGUUCAGUGCGAUCGAACGGUUGCUUAG